GAAUUCCGAAGUUUAUUUCUGGCCUUCUUCAUUUGAAAUGCCAUCUAUAGCAAGAAAAACAUGAGUUUCAUAGAAUUAGAAACUUUUGGCACUUGCUUUGCAGAGCCGGAACUGAAUGAGCCUGGCCGCAGACGUUACAUGACGUUUGGCAACACCGCUGGCAAUGUUGGCCAGCAGGGAAUCAACUCGGGAAAUGUUAAUGUCGGAACUCAAUGGAACGGUGGCUACGGCGGCCACUACUACGGCAACUACUACGGCCGACGAGAAACAGAGCUGGAGGAGCCUGGCCGACGUCAGAUGAGCUUUGGCGGUACCGGUGGCAAUGUUGGCCAACAGGGAACUAACUCGGGGAAUGUUGCCGUUGAACAUCAAUGGAACGGCAAACGUCAGAUGACCUUUGACAACACCGCUGGCAGUGUUGGUCAACAGGGACCUAACUCGGGGAAUGUUGCUGUUGGACAUCAAUGGAACGGCAAACGUCAGAUGACCUUUGGCAACACCGCUGGCAAUGUUGGCCAACAGGGAACUAACUUGGGGAUGGUUGUUGUUGGAAGUCAAUUGAACGGCCGAAAAUGAAAAAAAAAACAUUUC